AUGUCUUCAUUCGCCAGAGACAGCGCUGCAGCAGCAGAGGCAGCCGCUAGCGCAGCAGCAGCAGCAGCAGAAGAAGCAGCAGCAGUACAUAGAGGCGCACAGAGUGAUCUGUCUGUCAGCAGCAUCAGCAGCAGCAGCAGCAGAACCUGCAGCCACAGCAGCAGCAGAAUCCGCGGCCGCAGCAGCAGCAGAAUCUGCAGCAGCAGCAGCAGCAGCAAAAUGUGCAGCCCCAGCGUCAGCAGGGUCUGCAGCCGCAGCAGCAGCAGAAUCUGCAGCCGCAGAAGCAGCAGGAGCGAGCGGGAACACAGCUGCAGCAGCCAUCAGCAGCAAACUCGAAACACCAGCAGCAGCAGCAGCAGCAGCAGCAGCAAGUGCGCUGAGCAGGUAGAUGGCGCCUGCAGCAGAAGCAGUAGCAGUAGCAGAGUCUGCAGCCGCAGCAGCAGCAGAGACAAACGGGAGGACAGCUACAGCAGCCAUCAGCAGCAAACUCAAAGCUGCAGCAGCAGCAGCAGCAGCAGAUGCGCUGAGCAGGUAGAUGGCGCGUGCAGCAGGAUCAGCAGCAGGGGCCGCAGUAACAGCAGCAGCAGAAGCAGCAGCAGCGGAAGCAGCAAGAGCAGCAGCAGCAGCAACUGCAGCAGGAGCAGCAGCAGGUCGAAGGACGAUACCUCGGAAUGCGAAAGCAGCAGCAACUGGGAGGUGCACCAGCAGCAGCAGCAGCAGCAGCAGCAGCGGCUGCUGCAUGCAAUUGACGAGGCGGAGCGGCUAGCCAGCGACACACUAGAGGCGAGCAGCAGCAGCAGCAGCAGCAGCAGCAGGAACAGCAAGGUGUGUGGCUGCCGCCUUUGGGGCCAUCCUGGAGCGUGGCAGCUCAUCUGCGGUCUCUGA